AUGUCCCACGGUGGCUUUGAUGACGAUGAGUGGAGCUUUGCUCCUGGGGCUCCGGGCAUGCCGCCAGUCGAAGCGGCGCCUCCUGCCCCGGCCGAAAGUGCCGAGGACGAUCUCGAUGGCUGGACUUUGGCCUCGAAUGACCCUCCGGCCACCGGAGAUGCCGCCCCUGCCCCGGCCACUGACGCCGAUGACGCCGCGCAAGCCGCCAGCGCUGACGCCGACGCCGAGGACACUGGCACCGGCACUUCGCCGGGGCCCGAUGCUCUUCCUGUGGAGGAGCCCGGACGCGGGGCCGAAGCCGACCGCGAGCUGGCCGCUGCCGGGGCCUUCCUCAAGGAGGACUACGACUGGACGGUCCUGCCCGAGCCAGGGUCGCCCUUUGCCUUUGUGACCCUGGUGAUGUGUGGUGUUGAGUACAUCGGCGCGGCGAUGGUCCUACACCGGUCCCUGCGUGACCAUGGGUCCAAUGCCGAUUUCAUUGUCAUGGUCACGCCGGACGUCGAUGUGGAGGCCCGACGUGCCAUGGCCAGCCAGGGCGUGCGCGUGCUGCAGGUGGAGUACAUCGAGGCCGAGCCCAUCCGCCGGAACCCGCGCCGCUUCCAGUCCUACUACAGCUGGAUGCCCUUCUGCUGGACCAAGAUCCAGGCCCUGUCCCUGGUGCAAUAUACCAAGAUCGUGUCCAUGGACGCUGAUAUGGUGGCCCUGGGUAACCCGGACUCCAUCUUCACACUCGCCGCGCCGGCCGGCAACUGCUCGGUCAUCGAGGGCGAAGAGGGAGAGGCGAUGCACGGGAAGCCGGUGCCACGCGAGCGCGUCGAGCAUGCCAUCCGCUCGUCGUACGGCAUGCGCGGGUGUUUCCUGCUGCUGGAGCCCAGCGCGCGCGACCACUUCCAGCUGACGUCCAUGCUGGCCGAGAAAGGAGCCUACGGUGAUCCUCGCUAUCACAUUGGGCCGGAUGAGGAGCUCAUUUCCAAUCACUACAUCGACAAGUGGCACCAUGUGUCCAUGCGCUAUUGCGCAUACUGGGUGACCAAGACCACGCCGCAUGUCUUCUAUCAUUACGUCUCGGAGAAGCCCUGGUGGGGCAAGAGCUCCUACCCUGACUUCAAGCACUGGACCGACGUGCGGGACCGCCUGCUCGAGACCCUGCCCCAGUACCGGCACUUCCUGGAAAAUCGCAAUGAUCGCCAGGUGGUUGUCAACCCUGAGGACAACAAGCAUUCGGGAGUUCGGCGCCGUGAGCCGGGCUUCUCCGACCGGGGGAAGCGUUCUCGCCAGGACGACCGGCCUCAUGGCUACGGUGGCGGCCCAGGCGGACAUCGAUCUGGUUAUGGCCCUCCGCGCGGAGGCGGCGGCGGUCCCGAUGGCUAUUAUCCCCCGUAA